AUGGAGUGUGAAGAUAUGUAUUGUGAUGUUUCUGAUGUUUCUGAUAAAAGGACUGCUCGAAGAACCUACCAAACUCAUCUGCACCAUGAAAAAAAGGGAUUCAUUGAGAAGCUCACGGAACUUCUAUUGCCGACAAAAAUGAGAGACGCCGAGGUGCGAGCCCAAUUGCGUUCGAUUUGUGACAUCUUCGAAAAAAAGUUUCCUGACAAGAUCAUUCAAGAAAAUGGAUGUCUAUUCCGUAGAACAGUGGAGUACGGACAAGUACGGAAAUCGGUUUGGGCUACUUGCAAUCCAGAUAAGAAUUUCGAACUAUUCCAAGAGAGAAUCAAGCAAGACGGUGUGAAAAGUGAAGUUGUUGAUUUGACAGGGGAUUGGGAGAAUUGUCGAAUCAAGUCAGAACCCGCUGAAGAAGAAGGAGAAGAGGUCUACAUGGAUUCAGGAAUGGAAUUCGAUAUUCCAUUAGUGAACACAUUGCCGCAUCAGAACUUGGUCGCCCACCUUCCUCAACCCGUUUACUAUCCUCAACCCGUACCUGCUAUAAAUGAGCUCUCCCCAGUCCAUUUGGGAUUUGAUAUUCCAUCAUUGAACACAUUUCCGCAACAUAACUUGGUCGUCCACCGUCCUCAACCCGUUUACCCACCAUAUGCUCCAAAUGUGUUCUACCCAGUUCAUCCACAUCCACAACUAGGGACUGAUUUUGAGCAUUUCUUUGCUCAAAACUCAAACGAACCACAAUUUGAUCAGUUCUCUCCACUAAACUCGCGCAACUCCGGAUUGAAUCCAGAAUAUAAUCCAGUUCCUUCAGUCCCAACAGAGCACACAGCUCUGAAUAAUCCAAUUCGAAUUGACGCUCCGGUCGAUUAUCAUACCUUCGCUCCACUCAAUUUUCAAGAUGCUUCUUCGAAUUGGGUUCUUAUGGCAAGUCCACCGGGUCAGCCACUUCCGAGAGAAGAACUUCUUACUGGCUUCGAGUCACCAGACAUUUUGUAA